GGAAAAGAAGGGAAGAAGGCAGAAGAGGGAAGAGGAGGAGAGGGAGGAGGAGGAGGGAGGUGGCGGCGCCGUGGCGGAGGAGCAGGAGCAGGAGGGGGAUGGAGAGGAGAAGGCUCCUGGGUGGCAUGGCGCUCCUGCUCCUCCAGGCGCUGCCCAGCCCCCUGUCAGCCAGGGCUGAACCCCCGCAGAUUUCAGAUGCAUUCCGUUCCACGCCGCACUUAGGACCAGUUGGCUGCCUUGUGUUCAGAGCCUGGACCUCAUCUGGUGAAUUUUCCCGAGGCAGAAGUGUCACUGGAUUCUUUCACGUGUUGGAGUUGUAGGCAGCACAGCCCCUUUUAGAAACUAUGUGGACACUUUGAACUGUGGUCUUGCGAGCCAGCGCCAGAAGAAUGGCAUUUUGGGGCCUGGUAAACUUGGGAGAAACUUUUUGAUGUCCUUAUGAAAGCAGCAUUUUGCUCUGAAGUCAGGGCGGGUGUGUUCUAGCAAAAGAAGCGAGCCCAGAUCUGCCUUCUCCACGUGCACCAGGCCUCCGAGGAGACCUCCGACUGGACACCGCCCCCCCCCCCCCGCCCCCCGCCUCCAUCGUGCUUAUGGUGGAUGUGGGAAGAGGCAGAGGAUAAGGAAACCUGUGUGGGUACCAAUAAUCAAAGCUACAUUUGUGACACAGGACACUGCUGUGGACAGUCUCAGUGCUGCAACUACUACUAUGAACUCUGGUGGUUCUGGCUGGUGUGGACCAUCAUCAUCAUCCUGAGCUGCUGCUGUGUGUGCCACCACCGCCGAGCCAAGCAUCGCCUUCAGGCCCAGCAGCGGCAGCAUGAAAUCAACCUGAUAGCCUACCGAGAAGCCCACAAUUACUCAGCGCUGCCAUUUUAUUUCAGGUUUUUGCCAAACUAUUUACUACCUCCUUAUGAGGAAGUGGUGAACCGACCUCCGACUCCUCCCCCACCGUACAGUGCCUUCCAGCUACAGCAGCAGCUGCCUGCACAGUGUGGCCCCCCAGGCGGCAGCCCCCCAGGCGCUGGUCCCACUAGGGGCCCCCAAGGGGCGCAGAGCAGCCCCUUGUCCGGGCCCAGCAGAAGCAGCACGCGACCCCCGAGCAUCUCCGACCCUGAGCCCCCCGACGUGCCCGCCAGCCCAGCAGCCACCAAAGCCCCUGGAAUGGAGCCCAGUGGCUCUGUGGCCGGCCUGGGGGAGCUGGCCCCUGGGGCCUUCCUGGACAAAGAUUCCGACUGUAAGGAGGAGCUGCUGAGAGAUUACGGCUCCGAGCAGGGCAGCGCCCUCCCCGAUAGCAAAGACAAGACGCCCGGCAGACAUCGCCGCUUCACAGGUGACUCGGGCAUUGAGGUGUGUGUGUGCAACCGGGGCCACCAUGACGACGACCUCAAAGAAUUCAACACGCUCAUUGACGACACUCUGGAUGGGCCCCUGGACUUCUGUGACAGCUGCCAUGUGCGGCCCCCCGGUGACGAAGAGGAAGGCCUCUGCCAGCCCUCCGAGGAGCGGGCCCGAGAGCCCGGGCACCCGCCCCCGCCACGGCCCCCCGCGUGCCUGCUGCUGAACACCAUCAACGAGCAGGACUCCCCGAACUCGCAGAGCGGCAGCUCCCCCAGCUAGAGCGGGCCCGGCCUGCGCCUCAGAACUUGGCAAAGCAACCAGGGAAGGGGAGCACCAUGAGAGAAGCAUUAAGUGACUUUCAGAGGAAGCGGUAGAGCCGCUUCAUUCUUCGCCCCCUCCCCGCCGGCCUGCAUUUUCCUGCAUCUCCAGGUACAGCUUGGGGAGUGGAGGCCUCUCCGCCCACGGGAGCACAGUGUCGUGGAGAGCCGGCACGUUGGCUCGUUCUGUGACUCAUUCCUCAUCCCGGCCCUGUCCCCUUCUUUUCUUUUCAAGUCAUAUCUCGCUGCCUGCUCGGGUCAGAGAGAUGUGUGUUUCAGAAGCCCCCAAGGAGGGGGCUGAGACUGUGCCCUGAGGUGACCCUUGGUGGUGGAGUGGAUUUGUGCCCUGGUGUUUGUUAAGAGAACUUUGCUGUGUCUCAGUCCGGGAGAGGUGGCAGGUCUCAGCCCUGGGGGAAGAAGGAAGCCCGCAGAGGCCCAGGGAUUGUCAGCCCCUGCUGCCAAGGUCUGCAGAGCCAGAACUGGGCUAGUCCUGGGGGAGGAUGAGAGCGGACAGGCAGUUGUAAGGUUGGUAGGAGGCUUACUGCUCCCUCAGAUUCCAGGUGAUGAAGUCGAUGUACCACUGUGCAUCCCUGAGGGGCCCUUCCCAGCAGGUUCUGGCUGGCCACAGCCUGGUUCAGUAUGGAACAUUAUGUCACCUUCUUUUUGGUUUUUCUUUAAACAAAAACAACAGCAGCAACAGCAAAAGCAAGCUGAAAACAAGAACUUGACCAGCGGGCAGGCAAGAAUUCUGUUCUGGAAAAGGGAAGUUUGUGCCUCUAUCCCAAGUUGACCUUCAAAGAGCCUGCCUGCCGUUGAGCCGGGAGGAGAUGUUUUGUGUGCAGGCUUGGGUGGGGGCUAGCUCUGGAACUUCUGUGGGAGUGCAGCGGAGCCUAAGCCAUGGGGGUGCAUCUGGUGCGGCUUGCUGCAUCUCUGCUCUUCGGGCUGACCCUGUAGGUGUCCAGGGUCCUCCCCCACCCAACACACAGUCUGCAGGCCUCCAUGCCUCACUGUUCUCGUAGAAACCAGGGAGGCUGCGGGUCCUAAGAAAGGGCAGCCCCAUAGCCUGGCUUUUACACAGUAUUUUCUCUUGAUUCUGAAUGAGUUCUUCUGUUGUGUUGUUUUUGUUUUUAUUUUUAAACUGACCACUUGGAAAAAAUGGCUUGGUUAUCUGUGGCUUUCAUGCCCUUCCCCUGCCUCUCCACAGCCCCCUUUCUGAGUGGGGUGACUAAUUUUUGUAGCCUCUGUAAAGAGCCUGAGUGGCCCAGGUAGGAGGGCGAAGGCAGUGGUCCGGAAGGACCGCAGGAUCCUUAUUACUGUAGUUUGGCUUCAGAUAACCAGUUGAGCUUUGACAGGAAUAACCUGAUGGAGAAAGCAAACAGCUAAAACUCACAUUCCCUGUCCAGUGCUGUUCAUAUGAAGAGUUUGGUUCUUCUCCCACUCUUGAACGAUGAUAUUCACAUUAGGCAUUGACGUUACAGUAAGAAAGGAAAGAAAAAUAUAUAUAUAUAUGUACAAAAAUAGACAAAUCCAAGGCUGUGAGGUAAACGAGUGUCUGCGUUCGGAGUCCACAAAACCAAAAUCCAUGUUGAACAAAGUGAAGUCUGUGUACAAUGACUUUUUGGAUAACUUGUGUGUGUCUGUGUGUCGUGUGUGAGCCCCCAGCCCUGUUUUCCUGUGAAUAUACUUUGAAUGGCAGCCAUUGUGCUCGUCAACCACACGUUUGGAGCAGAUAUGGCCCCGCUCAAGGUAAUUUAUUUUACACACUUACUGUUUACUGAACAAAUGUCUGACUGUGUACCCGGGUGUAUCCAGCAGCAUUGUCGAUGGCAGCCCCCCCACCCCCUACUUCCCACCCCCCACGUCUGCCAGAGAUAACUGUGCUCGGAGUGGAGGCUCUCCUCUACCCAGCCCUGCAAUUUGCACAUUGCUCCGUGGACACUCGGAGGCCUGUGUUCUGUUCCCUGUAAGUGGAAACGUGCUCUGAACCUGUCUGCCUCCCUGGGCUCCUCCUGGCCCUCGGUAUCAGCCCGCAGGGGGUGUUCAAAACCACUCGGCACAGAAGGCGAAGUGGAACUUCAGACAGAAGCUUGGUUGGAUCUUCAGUGACACGCUUGGACUAGCUGUGGCCCAGACGUUGGCCCUGCCCAGCAUUGGCAGGAGAGUUUGGCAGACACCGCAGUGCCAUAGGGCUCACCUCUCUCUGCCGGGGUCCAGUGCAUGCAAGCAAGCCUGUGUGUGGCAAGAGCAGGCGGGAGUGCGUCAGCAGCCCUCAGAUGCCUUUCCUUCCACCUUUUUUAAAAAAAUAAAAGUAAAAUAAAUAAAUCAAAUCCCAAACAACUCACUGAAGUCUCAAAGGAGAUGAAGUUUUACCAAAAUGAAUCCUGCUUCAGUUAACUGAUCAAAUGGAUGAAUUCUGGCCCUGUCAAGUUUCCUUCCCCGGCUGGAGUGGGGCAUGCGCGUCAACUGUUGGGCUCAAUGCAGCGUCCUGCCCUAUAGGCGUGAGAAGAAGCGAGACAGCCACUAGAGCCAGGCUUGAUUCCAGCGGUCACGCAGUCUGGCCUCUGCCAGCCGGGCUCCCCUGCCAGGAGAGAGAUGGAAAUCGGGAGUUGAAGGACUCGAUAGGGGGCCAGGGAGAUCCGACUUGCAUCUGGUUUUCCAGGUGAACAGAGAAGGAAAGGGUUGGUCUGGCCGAGGGUUUGGUGCUACAGUCGGGAGAUUUGCAAAUGCUAACACAUUCCUGUGUGAGGCACAUCACCAUUUGUCAGUUAUUGUGAAUACGUGUAUUUUAAGCAAUAAGAUUCAGCUGGUCAGACUCUUCUGGGCAGCCUCGGUGACGCAUUUCCUGUGCUGUGAUUGUUCUGAAGACAGAGUGGCUCUAUCCACUGUGAGAAGCCCAAAUAAAAUCGAUCCCCAAAA